AUGGCCUCGCGCGGCUCCAACUCCUCCGCGAACGGGCUGCUUCCGACGUCCAGGUCCGGCCGCCACCACCUCGACAUGGAGUCCGGCGCCAAGGUCCGCCUCCCCACCGAAUUCGGCGACCACGCCGCGUCGUCAAAGAAAGGCGAUCACGACGAGGAUGACGACCCCUUCGAUAUUGCUCAAACCAAGAACGCUUCUCACGCCACGCUUCGCCGAUGGAGGCAAGCUGCUCUAGUGUUGAAUGCUUCACGACGAUUUCGGUACACGUUGGACUUAAAAAAGGAAGAAGAGAAAGACAGUAGAAGGCGUAUGAUUAGAUCCCAUGCACAAGUCAUAAGAGCUGCAUUGCUUUUCAAAUUGGCUGGAGAACGGGAAACUGGGUUAAGCACAACAGUAACACCCGCAACUCCAAGUGGUGAUUAUGGAAUUGGACAUGAACAACUUGUUUCACUAACUAGAGAGCAUAAUAUUUCCGCUCUACAGCAAUAUGGAGGGGUUAAAGGUAUAUCAUCUAUGAUAAAAACAAAUCUGGAGAAGGGAAUUGAUGGGGAUGAAGCAGAUUUAGUUAAACGAAGGGAUGUCUUUGGAUCAAAUACGUAUCCUCAGAAAAAAGGGCGGAGUUUCUUGAGGUUCCUUUGGGAAGCAUGGCAAGAUUUAACUCUGAUAAUCUUGAUAAUAGCUGCAGCAGUGUCAUUGGCACUUGGAAUAAAAACAGAGGGUUUGUCUCAUGGAUGGUAUGAUGGAGGAAGCAUUGCAUUUGCUGUUAUUCUUGUUAUCAUUGUUACAGCUGUUAGUGAUUAUCGACAAUCUCUUCAGUUUCAAAAUCUAAAUGAGGAAAAGCAAAAUAUACAAUUGGAGGUCAUGAGAGGCGGUAGAACAGUAAAGAUUUCAAUAUUUGAUAUUGUGGUUGGUGAUGUUGUACCUCUCAGAAUAGGUGAUCAGGUCCCAGCUGAUGGAAUCUUAAUUACUGGUCAUUCUCUUGCGAUUGAUGAAUCUAGUAUGACUGGAGAGAGCAAAAUUGUUCACAAGGAUCAGAAGGCACCAUUCUUAAUGUCUGGUUGCAAAAUAGCUGAUGGAGUCGGUACAAUGCUGGUAACAAGUGUUGGAAUCAAUACUGAAUGGGGAUUGUUGAUGGCAAGUAUCUCUGAGGACACCGGUGAAGAAACUCCUUUACAGGUGCGCUUAAAUGGACUUGCGACUUUUAUAGGCAUAGUUGGGCUUUCAGUAGCUGCUUUGGUGCUUCUUGUUCUUUGGAUCAGAUACUUUAGUGGACAAACAAAAGAUACAGAUGGAAAAGUGGAAUUUGAAUCUGGGAAGACUAGCAUUAGUAAGGCUGUAGAUGGAGCUGUAAAAAUUUUCACCAUUGCUGUUACCAUUGUAGUUGUUGCCGUGCCUGAAGGGCUACCUUUGGCUGUUACCUUGACGCUAGCAUACUCAAUGAGGAAAAUGAUGGCGGAUAAGGCAUUGGUGCGUAGACUGUCGGCUUGUGAAACUAUGGGCUCAGCAACCACAAUUUGCAGUGAUAAAACUGGCACGUUGACUUUGAAUCAGAUGACUGUGGUUGAGGCAUAUGUUGGGAGAAAUAAGAUACAUCCACCAGAUGAUUCCUCACAGUUGCAUUCACUGGUUUCCACUCUGCUAAGUGAGGGAAUUGCACAGAACACCAGUGGAAAUGUGUUUGAACCAGAACAGGGUGGUGAAGUAGAGAUUUCUGGAUCUCCCACAGAAAAGGCUAUACUUUCAUGGGCACUGAAGUUGGGAAUGAAGUUCAACGCUAUCAGAUCCGAGUCAACGAUCCUUCAUGUGUUCCCUUUCAACUCAGAGAAAAAGCGAGGAGGUGUUGCAGUGAAAGGGACUGACUCUAAAGUUCAUAUACAUUGGAAGGGCGCUGCGGAGAUAGUUUUAGCCUCGUGUACAGGGUACCUUGACUCAAAUGGGUGCUUGCAGGACAUUACUCAAGAUAAGGAGUUUCUCAGGGAAGCUAUUGAUAGCAUGGCAGCAAGCAGUUUGCGAUGUGUUGCCAUUGCAUACAGACCAUAUGAAAUGGACAAAGUUCCCACCGAGGAAGAGAAUUUAAGUCAAUGGGCUUUACCUGAAGAUAAUCUAGUGUUGCUUGCUAUUGUGGGUAUAAAGGAUCCUUGUCGCCCUGGUGUCAAAGAUGCAGUGAGAUUAUGCACAGAAGCUGGUGUAAAGGUAAGAAUGGUCACUGGAGACAAUCUUCAGACAGCAAAAGCAAUCGCGUUAGAGUGUGGAAUUCUUUGUUCUGUUGAAGAUGCUACUGAGCCUAAUAUCAUCGAAGGAAAAACAUUCCGUGAAUUAUCUGAAAAAGAAAGAGAAGAAGUUGCCAAGAAAAUAACGGUAAUGGGUAGAUCUUCCCCUAAUGACAAGUUAUUGCUCGUGCAAGCAUUACGGAAGGGUGGAGAUGUUGUUGCAGUGACAGGAGAUGGCACUAAUGAUGCUCCUGCCCUUCACGAGGCUGAUAUUGGUCUAUCUAUGGGCAUUCAAGGAACUGAAGUUGCAAAAGAAAGUUCGGAUAUCAUUAUCUUGGAUGACAAUUUUGCUUCUGUUGUAAAGGUUGUUCGCUGGGGACGUUCUGUGUAUGCAAAUAUACAGAAAUUUAUCCAGUUUCAGCUCACUGUUAAUGUUGCUGCUCUCACAAUUAAUGUUGUUGCAGCAAUAUCCGCUGGUCGUGUUCCUUUAAAUGCCGUACAGCUUCUGUGGGUUAACUUGAUCAUGGAUACUCUAGGAGCACUUGCACUGGCAACUGAACCACCUACAGACGACCUUAUGCAUAGAACACCUGUUGGCAGAAGGGCACCUCUUAUAACCAACAUCAUGUGGAGGAACCUACUGAUUCAGGCUUUGUAUCAAGUUUGUGUGCUCCUUGUCCUCAACUUUAUGGGUAAUACUAUUCUUGGUCUGAAAGAGGACAACACACAAGUUGCCAGUGUGAAGAAUACUGUCAUAUUCAAUGCUUUUGUCUUCUGCCAAAUUUUUAAUGAGUUUAAUGCUCGAAAGCCUGAAGAACUAAAUGUCUUUAGUGGAGUGACUAACAACUACCUCUUUAUGGGAAUAAUAGGCGUCACAUUUUUCCUUCAGAUAAUGAUCAUUCAGUUUCUUGGAACCUUUGCAAAAACUGUGGUACUUGAUUGGCAGCAUUGGCUUAUUUGCUUUGGUAUUGCCAUCAUCAGCUGGCCUCUUGCUGUUGUUGGGAAACUAAUUCCGGUGCCUAAGACUCCAGUCUCCCAGUACUGCAGGCGCGCAUUUCAGCCAUGCAGGCAGCGAUUUCAGCGAAGCAGAACUUCACGCAAUGCCUAAUGCUGAUUUCUCUGGUUGCAUUCGUAUAGUUCUAGUAAUUCAAGGCCAUUGGCUUUAGAAGAUCUUUUUGAAUUUGGGGGGUUAUUACUGAUAGGAAUCCAUGAGGAAAUUUAGAACCUUCCAAAAGUAUGAGGGGUUGCCAUAAGGCCAAGAGAAGCUGGAGAACACCCUAUGAGUUGAUGGAAAUGCCAUCUUCCUUCCCUCACCCAUACCUAAAUGAAAGGCACAUAUCUCUCAUUUUUUUUUGCCUGAAAGUCUAUUCGUGCAUAUAUGGUUAUAACACGGCAUGUCCUUACCUCUUCUCUCUGUAGCUUUUCUGGGUUAGUUUGACGUACUUGUCUUGGUAUCGAAUUAGCAUGUUGCUAUGUAUUACAUAGCGAAGUGUAAAUAGACAAAAUGUUAUUUGUCCACAUUUGGGGUUUGGACUUUGGAGUAAUCAACUUUCUAAAAAACGUCUCUAACAUCAAAAGAACAGUCUAGGUUU